AGGAUGUGCUCCCUAAAAGGUACGAGAACUACCAAUCUACUACGAGUUAUGGCCUUAGACGAGGGUGUUCUCUGUGUUGCACACUCUUAGGCUAACAGGUUGGAUGAACUAUCGACGUGUUUGGUUCCAUGUAAUGUAACGGUAUAGGAUUCCUGCGGGUAUCUGAUAUCGUUACAUGUGUUUGUUAUGGGUUCUAUUGGAAUCAAAUACAUUGGAAUCAGAUACCGCUGUACAGAAAACUCAAACCCUCCAACCCUAGCCGGAAUCAACACCCCGAUUCACUCGCUCAGGCCGCUCGAGCGUUCCUCCUCCUCCUGGGACGCCAGUGCCGCCGCCACCCAGGCCUCCAUCCUCCUCGGCCUCCUCCUCGGACGCCAGUGCCACCGCCACCCAGGUCUCCAUCCUCCCCGGACGCCAGCAGCCGGCGCCAAGUCUUCGCUUCCGUCCAGAUUUAUCCUCAAGAACUCGACGAAGAAAUAUGACAUUUAGGGGUAUCUUGAGUUCUCUCGUUGUCACGUACUAUUAUGUCUGGCUGCUCAUGGGAUUAGCAUAUAGAAGAAAAUGUUUGAGAAUAGAAAGAAGGUUAAGAAAUAGGGAGCGUAGGAUGGAGAAUUUAAAUGAACUCAUUCGUGAGACUGAUAGAAAAUGUAUUAGUGAGCUUCGUAUGGAUAGAAGAACUUUCUUUAUUUUGUGUGAGAUGCUUAGAGAUGUUGGUGGGCUAAAGGCCACACGCAAUAUGACCAUAGAGGAGAUAGUGGCUCAUUUUUUGUAUACAUUGGCUCAUCAUUUGAAGAACCGAACAAUUGGAAGGUUUUUCUUUCGAAGCGGCGAGACAGUUAGUAGACAGUUCAACUUAUGCCUUCUAGCUGUUCUAAAGUUGCAACAUUUGCUUCUUAAGACCCCUGAGCCAAUUCCAGAGAAUAGCACUGAUAAUACCUGGAAAAACUUUAAGAAUUGUUUGGGUGCAUUAGACGGAACCGCUAUCAAGAAUAAUCCAGAUGCAAAAGGGUUGUAUGGAGUUUCCUUUCCUUACUAUGAUGAACUUUCAAUGGUAUAUUCCAAGGACAUGGCCACAGGUGAAGGUGCGGAAGACAUGACAGAUGCUGUUCAAAACUUGGAAGAAGAGUUAGUUCGUGUAAAUGCUAAUGAUGAAGAGGAUGGAGAGGAUAUGACAUCUGUAGAGACACCAAGGCGUUCUGUUGACUCAACAUCAUCUAGCUCCAAGAAGCGGAAGAAAGAGUGGAAAGGAAAGAAGACUUCAUCAAGUGACCCGCUUCUUGAUGUGUUCAAUGAAGUGAGUGGUGAUCUCAAGGUUGCCACCAUGUCAAUUGGAAAAAUGGCGCAAGCUAUGGAUCGUGAGGCAUCCAACCAAGAGAAGGCAAGAGAUGAGGAUCCACAACAAAAGCUAAGAGAGAAGGCGAUCAAUGAGGUCCGGAGACUUGAAUUUACUGGCUCAGAAGUUAUCAAAGCAGCUGGUGUGUUUGUUAGGAUGCCAGAUCAAAUGGGGAUGUUGUUUGCACUUCCAGAACCACUGAGGAGGGAAUACAUUGUCGACAUGCUACGUGAUGAAGCCGCAAGGAGAGAGAGAGAGAGGUCAAAGUGAAGGUGCUGGUCUAGAUGUUGAAUGAUGGAGCUUUGGAAGUUGUUGUUGGUUUAGUUGGUCUCAAUCUGUUUACCUUUAGUGUUCUUCAUAUGUUGUUGUUGAAUGACUGUGAAUGAUGAUAAAAACUGAAUUUUUAUGAUGUUGAACGUUGUUGAAUGUUCACGAAUGGUAUUGACUAUGGUAUUGUAUCUGUGGGUAGCUUUCAAUGUGGUUUGUUGAAUGUCGGUACCUUUCAAUAUGGAAAAAACUGAAUUUUUA